GAGGCCCGGUCGCGCGGCGGCGGCGGCGGCGUCGCUCCUGUUGGCCCAGCCGGCGGCGGCCAUGGCGGCCGUGCUGUCCCCGCGCCUCUGCGACAGCGACCCGGCCACGCCCGGCGCGCAGUCCCUCAAGGAUGACACAGAAGAAAAUUCCAAUGAUGGCAGCCAGCCAUCCAAAAGACGUCGCAUGGGCUCAGGGGACAGUUCUCGGAGCUGUGAAACUUCCAGUCAGGACCUUGGGUAUAGUUAUUUUCCUGCUGAAAAUUUGAUAGAAUACAAAUGGCCACCCGAUGAAACAGGAGAAUACUAUAUGCUUCAAGAGCAAGUCAGUGAAUAUUUGGGUGUGACUUCCUUUAAAAGAAAAUAUCCAGAUUUAGAAAGGCGAGAUUUAUCUCACAAGGAGAAACUCUACCUCAGAGAGCUAAAUGUUAUCACAGAGACUCAAUGCACACUAGGUUUAACAGCUUUGCGUAGUGAUGAAGUAAUUGAUCUUAUGAUUAAAGAAUACCCUGCCAAACAUGCUGAGUAUUCUGUUAUACUGCAAGAGAAAGAACGGCAGCGAAUAACAGAUCAUUACAAAGAGUAUUCUCAAAUGCAGCAGCAGAAUACACAGAAAGUAGAAGCCAGUAAAGUUCCAGAAUAUAUUAAAAAAGCUGCCAAGAAAGCUGCAGAAUUCAACAGCAAUUUAAACCGAGAGCGGAUGGAAGAAAGAAGAGCCUAUUUUGAUUUACAGACACAUAUUAUCCAGGUGCCUCAAGGAAAAUACAAAGUCUUGCCUACGGAGAGAACAAAGGUUAGUCCUUAUCCAGUGGCUCUCAUACCCGGCCAGUUCCAGGAGUACUACAAAAGGUACUCUCCGGAUGAACUUCGUUACUUGCCGUUAAACACAGCUCUUUAUGAACCUCCUUUGGAUCCGGAGCUGCUUACACUGGACAGUGAUGGAGAUUCAGAUGAUGCAGAGGAAGGGCGAGGUGAUGAAAAAAGGAAAACCAAAGGCAAUUCGGACAAUUCGUCUGGCAAUGUAUCUGAAGGUGAUUGCGCCACAGACAACCAGGAGGAUUCUUUUCAGGGAAGACAAAAAACAAGAGACAAAAGUGCUACUCCAAGAAAAGAUGGUUCCAAACGUUCUGUAUUACCCAAAUCAGUUCCUGGGUACAAGCCAAAGGUCAUUCCAAAUGCUAUAUGUGGAAUUUGUCUGAAGGGUAAGGAGUCCAACAAGAAAGGAAAACCUGAAGCUCUUAUACAUUGCUCGCAGUGUGACAACAGUGGCCACCCUUCUUGCCUUGAUAUGACCCCGGAGCUUGUUGCUAUGAUUAAGACAUACCCUUGGCAAUGUAUGGAGUGUAAAACCUGCAUUAUAUGUGGGCAGCCUCACCACGAAGAAGAAAUGAUGUUCUGUGAUGUAUGUGACCGUGGUUAUCACACUUUUUGUGUGGGGCUUGAUGCUAUCCCUUCAGGUCGCUGGAUUUGUGAUUGUUGUCAGAAAGAGCCUCCUGUACCCAGAAGAGGAGGAAGAAGGGGGAAAAACAGCAAGGAGGGCUAAAAAAAGCCCUAAAAACUUGCUGUCCAAAACUUAACUGCACAAAUUAAAGUCAUACUCUGGUGCUAUUUAAUCAACCACUCUAAAAGAGGAGCAAUACCACUUUUUUUUUUCCUUUUUACUAAAUAAACUUUGUCUAUAUAA